AUGACUGUAUUUAGGCAGGAAAGAUCAAAGUUGGCGAAAUCUGUACGAUAUUAUGGCUGUACAAUCGGUAAAUCUUUACCAUUCUUAUGUUUCGUUAGAGGCAGUCGAAUACCGGAGCAUACAUCAGAUUAUCGAGUAGCUGUUUUUGGUGCUGGAGGUGUGGGGAAAUCCUCCAUUGUAUUGCGUUUUAUUAAAGGGACAUUUAAUGAAAAUUAUGUUCCGACUAUCGAAGACACCUAUCGACAGAUUUGUUAUACUCUUCGUUCUCGCUUCGUUCUCGUGGAAUCCAUGUCAACUAUCAAAGGAGAUGCUUUCGAGCGUCUUCUUGAGAACUAUCGAUUGAACAUAUGCUUCGACGGGGUCAGAUAUACUAAUCUCCUUCGCAUAGAGUUUGUGGAAGUUGUUGCAAUCUCAUCCCAAGUUACCACAUACGGCAUUAUUUUGGUCCUGCAUUUCAUCUCUGACCUAAGCUUAUUAGCAAGCAGCGCCGCUUUAUCAGCGUAUACCUCGAUAUUAUUGGCUGACUUUGCUGAAUUUACUUCUAGUGCUACCACAUCAAGAAACCUUUCAACAUCUUCUGCCAUAAAUUUCACGAUAUCCUCGACGAAUAGCAGCGGAGAAAGGCUAUCACCUUGGAGAAUUCCUCGUUCUAUUUACUUCUCCAUUGCUUUUCAAUGUAACCGACCACCUGGAGGUGAUGCUUCUCAUAAACCUGUUGAUCCACGAAGGCAUGUUAAGCUUUUCAAUGCACUUAAUCAGGCAUUCGUGAUUAACUGA